GAGGAGGAGAGACGUCGGAGAGACAUAAAGGAGGCAGAGAUUUAUUCAGAGCAGCAGCUGAAACAUAACGUUUGAUGCCUUCAGUGAGAAGUUCCAAUGGAAAUAGUCAUGAAAAUAAAGGAGAACCAUUAAAUCAGAAGGUGUCACUUCGUCUGGCAGGAACCAGCAGAAAGCAGCUGAACUCAAUUACAGCCUCCGAACACAAAGACAGCAUCUGAAUGACGUGAUGGAGGAGACAGGCAUGUCGACCAGCUUUCCAUCGCUUCCUCCAGCCAGCAGAUACAGAAGCCGCUAUCUCAAACUGAAUCAGUUCCUCCAAAUACAGCGAUCAGGAAGUCAGCGGGUCACGUGUCCCUGGGUGGGCGGGGCUUAGCCUCUACUGGCCAGUAGCGUUGCAGCAUCGCUCUGAGCUCCAGCAGCUCCACGGCUGGGAAAAAAAAAAAAAAAGAACCGGAGAGAGGAGACGGAUAACGGUUCUCUGUCCAACAACAUUUAUGGAGCCCAAGGUCUCAUCCAGCUCUACCGGCGGUGAAUCGACGCGUUAGCGGGAGGAGGAGAGCUCUGAGCGGGGCUGAAGGAGACGAGACGAGCCGUCGGUCCUCCAUUGUCUGACAGGAAUAAGAAUAUGGCCUGGAUGUGGAAGAGGAAGUCGCUGAUCGCCACCAGUCUGAUCGUGGCCGUCUCGCUCUUUGUGGUGGUGGUGAGCUACUCGGAGAAGCCCUACUUCCUGUUGCAGCCGGUGUUCGGCCAGACGUUCAGCAGCCACUGGAUGUUCUCCAAGCAGCCGUACAAGGCCUUCAAACCUCACCUGGGCUACGUCAGCAUCCCCAGACAGGAGCCCCUGAAGCUCCACUGCGAGCUCUGCAGCAUCGUGUCCAGCUCCGGCCAGAUGCUCGGCCAGGCCGCCGGCCGUCAGAUCGACCGCUCGCCCUGCAUCUGGAGGAUGAACAACGCUCCCACUCGGGGCUUUGAGCGCGACGUGGGCCGGCGGACCACUCUGAGGGUGGUGUCCCACACCAGCGUCCCCCUGCUGCUGCAGAAGCCCCAGUACUUCUUCGGCCAGGCCAACGACACCGUGUACGUGGUGUGGGGGCCGCUGAGGAACAUGAGGAAGGACGGGAAGGGCAUCGUAUACAACAUGCUGCGACAGGCCUCCGAGAACUACCCCCACGCUCGCAUCUACAUCACCACGGAGGAGCGCAUGAACUACUGCGACAUGGUCUUCAAGAAGGAGACGGGGAAGGACAGGAUCCAGUCCGGCUCCUACCUGAGCACCGGCUGGUUCACGCUCAUCCUGGCCAUGGACAUGUGCAAAGAGAUCCACGUCUACGGCAUGAUCAACAACACCUACUGCAAGACAGACGGCUAUAAAAAGGUUCCCUACCACUACUACGAGGCGGGCAGCCGGGACGAGUGUGCUGAGUACCUCCUCCAUGAGAGCGCCCCCUACGGAGGACACCGCUUCAUCACAGAGAAGUCCGUUUUCUCCAAGUGGGCCAAGACUCACGCCAUCAAGUUCUUCAACCCGCCGUGGCAGCUGUCGUGACCCCGGCUGAACCAGCAUGGAGAUACCGUCUAUCAUCAACAUGCAGAGACCCAGUGAGUCUCUGUGGAGACUCUCAGCUUCAUUUUAGCACAAAUUUCAUUCCAUGAAGGUUGUUGGUCGAGUCCUGGUUGGAUUCCGGCCCCUGAAUCAGGCAAAUUAACUUUAAGGUUUGACAUAUCUCCUGCUUCUUGAAUAUUAAGUCUUCUGGUUUGUAGAGCUGAAGGAGGAGCACGACUCGCUGGCUAAUUGAUCCAUUCGCUGCUCUGCGAGUCUAGCAAAGGAUGGCUUGAACUUAAACAAAGAGAAGAAACAAGCGUCCGUCAACUGGCAGUGACCUCCCAGAUGUCCGCUGGCUCUAGACGUCACUGAGCCUAAAUUUACAUUUUUCUUUUUCCAGGACUGUAGCUGAAAACGAGACGUCGACGUCUGACGAGCUCAUCCACCCCGUUUUCUCCGAGCGUCUGUCUCCUGUCAGGCUGUAAUUAAUCUGUAACGAGCAUCAUUCAGGCCUUCAUCUCUGACUGAGGGGAGUAUUGGAGGCAGAUGCUCUGUCAGUUUCAAUUUGCUCCGUUCUCCUCAAAGACGCUUCAGCAAACAAGGUCAUUUGAAAAAGAAAACACGAGCGAGCUAAAAGCAGAUUCUCCAAACUGGCAGGUGAACCGGCUUCGACACUGCGUGUUUAUUCACAACCUAAAGAUGUCUUUUCUUGUCUCAUGCUGUGAAAUUGAAUUUUCAGAGACACUGUGUGGCGUCGGCUCGAUGUCUGGGUGGUUUUUCUAAUUUAUUCUGCAGAGAUAAGUUCCUGACGCUCUUUGACGGUGUGCCAUUGACAAUGUGAGCAUCACAGCCCAUACAGCAAUGUGCAAUUAGAAGCUCCGUCUUUACAGAAGGAGUUCAGUCCUUUGUGACCUGCAGAGGAGAGAUUUAUGUGUGCAGUGAAACCAUUUGAAGUUAAUUGUAUUCUAUUAUCAUUUUGUGCCUGCGAUAUAGUGUGCAGUUCAUCGUAUUGACACAGAGGAAGAUGCUCUGGCUCUCCUCCUCUCUCCUCUCAUCCAGCUUUGUGCCUCUUUGUGUGCAGUAUCACUGUGUGAACACGACCUCCCAUUUGUCUUUGGAUGCAGCGUCUCGUGGUUCGAUUCAUUUCAUUUGAACGCUUCUGUUCCAGGACAGUGGAGAAUAAUCAGAGAAGUGCUGAGGUGUGGGUGGCUGGUAGCUGUGACCAUGACUUCCCCCCGAGGCUGUGAUUAGUGUCCUGGUCGGAGCAAGGACUGGAAGGACUCAAAGACUUCUAAUUUAGGCGACUUGAUGCAGAGGGUCCCUGACGACGGUAAUAUACUGCAGCUGCUACUGCUGUUUACCACAGAGGAGCUCCAGCUUCUCUCUGAGCACUGACGUGUUGAUUUCCAGGUCAACAGAAUAUCUUCAGAAAACAUCCUCAUAACCUAGGGUUCAGUUGUAGCUUUUUCUGGAACUAAAACUGUAAAUUUGGUUGAACAGUGACAGCUUUUAUAUCGGCACUGUUUCAGGAACGGACCUCUGUCCUGAUCACUCUUCAUUAACCCUCCUGUUGUCUUCAUUUACGGGCACCAAAAAAUAUUGUUUCCUUCUCUGAAAAUUUUUUUAAAAAUCUGCAAAAAAAUUCCCCAAAUUUCUGAAAAUUUGCAAAACCUUCAGGAAGAAAAUUCCAAUAAUUCCUUAAAAGUUUCCCUUAAAAGUUUUAUUUUUAAAGAAUCCCCCAAAUUUGGCAAGAAAAUUCUUGUAAAUAUUUUCCAAAAAAAUGUAAAGAUCUUCCAAAAAAAUCCUAAUAAUAUCUCAAGUGAUUCCAUAUAUAUCAGUAAAACUUCUAAUAUUUUCUUUAAGAACAUUCACAUAAAAAUCUUCGCUGGAUUUUGGUUGAUUUUUUUGUGAAUGUUCUUAAGAAACAUUUUUAACAUUUCUUUUUUUCCAUCAAAAAAUGUUCAGAGAUUUCCCCAAAAUGUUGAAAAUGUGGACAUCAGAAGGUUCACUGUGAAAAUAUUUUUUUUUCCACAUUUUCAAACUUUAAAACGGGUCAAUUUUGACCCGCAGGACGACAUGAGGGUUAAGGACCAGAUCCUACCUACACAGUGAAAUCUAGUGUUUGAAAUGCUGCUGAAACAACAGUUAUCUGUAGCCUCGUGGUCUUCUCUGGGAACUUUUUUACACACUCAGAAAUGUCCAAACAGUUUCAACCUGACAAAGGAUUUAAAUGUAGUUGUUCGGUUUAAGAAGGCGUCUUUCCACUGCAAGAACUCAGGACUGGAAUGAUGUCACACUAAAUGUUACAGGAACAGAGCGGCUCUUUCAACCUUUCUGUUCUGAAUCCAACAUAUUCGACCAUGGCGCCAACUUUGAUUAAUACCUAGUUAGCUGUUGUAACUCCAGUUUUAUGAGUGUGUAGAAAACAGAACAAAGGAGGGUUUGUAGUGAUAGCUACAUGGGGAUUUUACAUUAAAGACACUGAGAGGUCUUCUCCAGUUUUAACCAAUCAGCUUCAAGACCCUACCCUUUAGUCGGUACUUUAUUCUGUCUACAGAAAGUCUUAAAACAUCCCCAAGUUCCUGCAGUGGAAAACAGCCUCAUGUGAACCAGGUCCUACCUACACAUUGAACUAUAUUAUGUUAGCAACAGUGAAUUGUAGCCUCCUAGUGUUCUCUACUGACUUCUUUACACCCUGAAAACACAACUUCAACCUGAAAAAGGAUCUAAAUGUACUUCCUGAGUCUACAAAAAGUGUCUUUCCACUGCAGGAACUCAGGACAGGCAGGAGUUAGUGUGAACUUUUACAGUAACGUCCCUAAUCAUUCAUUUUGAGCCUUUCUGUUUCUAAUGCAAUGUGGAAACCAUCAUAUCCGACCAUGACGCCAACUUUGAUUAAUAAUAGUAAUUGGAUGUAGCUCCAGUUCUUUGUGCAUGUAUGAAAUAGCACAGGGAGAGUUUUUUGUGAUAGCCGUAUGGGUAAUUUCACGUUAAACACACUGAGACGUCUUCUCCAAGUUUAAACAAUCAGCUUCAAGACCCACAUAGCAGUUUUUCUUGGCCACUCAGAUGGACCUACCCUGGAGUCGGUACUUUAUUCAGCCUAGAGAAAGUCCUAAAACAUCCCCAAGUUCCUGCAGUGGAAAACAGCCUGAUUGUGAACCAGGUCCUACCUACACAUUGAACUAUAUUAUGUUAGCAACAGUGAAUUGUAGCCUCCUAGUGUUCUCUGCGGACUUCUUUACACCCUGAAAACACAACUUACACCCAGUCAGUUUCAGCCUGACAAAGGGCCUAAAUGUUGUAGUAAAUCUAAAAAAAAUGGCAUCUUUCCACUGCAGGAAGUCAGGACAGACCCGAGGUGAUGCAGACUUUUACAGCUGUUUCCUCUAAUCAGGCCUUUCAUCCUUUCUGGAACUGUACAUAACUGCUCAUGAUAGCUGAUUUGGUAAAUUUCCAGUUAGGGACAAUUAAAGGGCAGAAAAUGGCACUUGCUGGCAUUUUCAAGUCAAGACCCAUACAGCAGUUUUAUCAUGCUGCUCAGAAGAACCUCCCUUGGCAACAUCACGAAACCUGGUUCUCUGGAGAUGAAGAAGAUUAACAAAGACGAUUGAAUCCAGCCAUCCAGAAAUGACUCACGAGGUCCUGCAGUGGAAAACAGCCUCAUGUGCACCAGAUCCUACGACACUAUGGUGUUUCUACCACUGCUGAACAAACAGUGAUUGUAGCCUUGUACUCUUCUCCUUAUUAGACCCUGAGAAUAGAACUUUCACUCUGACGAAGGGUUUAAAUUUAGUUCUCGAGCCUGAAAAACUCUCUGAAGGCCAGGAGCUGGUGAGGUGGUGCUAAAUGUCGCUGGAACCUCAAGGCAGCUACAACUUGUGUUCAUUAAUUCACAGUUGGAAAUCUGUGCGUGGUCUUCGUGGACUUCUUGACGUGUCUUCGGAUUAUUAAGAUAAAGAAGCAGAAGUGACUAUAACUCUGUAAAAACUCAUUAUUCUUAUCUUGGAAAUACAAGUUUUACCAAAUAAUCUUAACUAAUGGUCUGCCUUCUAGUGUUUCUCCCUCAACUCCCAGCUGCUGAUUAAAACCAUCAGAUGUAGCUGAAGGCCUGAGAUAAAACUAAGCUACUAAAUGUACCUCGAGCUGAAGACACCCUGUGGAGUUUUCUUGUAAACAAUAGAAAAGUUAAACCUACAUUCGGCGUCAUUCUCCUCCAGGUCUAACAAACACCAUGAAUGCAUCUCCUCAGUCGUAAAACACUCGUGUCCACCUUUUGUUUGAGACAAACUAAAGGAUCAUAGCUGCUUUGGAGACGAGUCCUCGAGAAGUUUCAGAGUGUUUUUAAACUUUUGCAUGUUUUGCAGCACAGAUUCUUAGUCGUAAAAAAGCAGUAACUUCUGAAGGUGAUCAGUCCUUGUACUCUGAGUGCUUCAGCAACAAGCAGCUGGAUUUUUUGUUACUGUUGUUGUUGUUGGUUCUUUUUGAUUGCUCAGUUGUCUUCUGCUGAAAUGCUUAAGAUGGCCGUGACCUGGAAGACUGAGAGUCUACACACAUCUUUCCAAUUUAGCUAAUAGUUGUCUGGGUUCCUUACAGUGAAGAUACAAGGUUUUCACCUCUUUGGAAGCUUUGAAUUGAAUCAUGGUCAGUUUCACUUGACUUUGACAAAAAAAACCCAAAAACCUCUUUCAUGUCAACAUAGAAACAGAAUUCUUCAAGUAAUUUACAUUUUAAAAAAGAAAAUAAAGCGUAGAAGAGGUGAUUGCACAGCUAUUCAUCCCCUUCAGGUCAGUAUUUAGUCUGAGUUUCUUCAGUUCUCUUCAGACUACGUCAGGUUGUCCUCCGCUGCAAUCAUUGAUGCUUCAUAUCAUGAUGCUACCACCACCGUGCUUCACAGUGGGGUUGAUGUGUUUGCAGCAUUUUGGGUUUCUUUUUUUUUUUUACUUUUAUCAGGUUAACUUUAGAGUCUCCCACAUGAUGUCUGGCAAACUGUAGCUGAGAUUUAAUGUGAUUUUUUUUUUUCAACAGUGGCUUUCUCUCUCAUAAAGUUUGCACUGAUGAAGAACAAGCAACAGCUGCUGUAUUUUUUCCAUCUCAGCCACUGAAUCUAGUAACUCCUUCAGGGAGUCAUAGGAGUCUUGGUGGCCUCCCUCACUAGUCUACAGAAGAGACAAACAAUCACUCAGUUUUUGAGGACGACCUGCUCCAGGCAGAUUCAAGCAUGUGCCACAUUUCUUCCAUUUCUUAUUGGACUCAGCUGUUCUUUAUGGGAUAUUCAGUGACCUGGAAGUUUUCUUGUAUCCAUCUCCUGAAUUAUGCUUUUCAAUAACCUUUUCCCAGAGUUCUGGAGUAUUCUUUUGUCCUCUUGGUGUUGUUUUAUCCAGGAGUACUGGACCUUCUAGACACAGGUGUAUUAACACUACAGUCACUGAGACACAUGGUGAUGCCCAUUUCAUGAAUUCUGGCACUUCUAAUACCAGUUAGCUGCACCUGUGUUGAAUUAGGUGAUUCAUUUAGGGGUGAAUACUUAUGCAGUCACAUAUUUUACAUUUUAGACUUUUAAUCAAGUAAUUUAGUUGCUAAUGUAAGUCGUAAUUGACAUCACUUCGUAGAAAUCUGAUUUCACUUUGACAUGAAAGAGUCUUUUUUCUGUAAAUGUUUAAAAACCCAAAUUAACCCUCCUGUUGCCUCAUUUAUGGGCACCAAAAAAUUGUUUCCUUGUCUAAAAAAAAAAAAAAAAAAUCAAAAAAUUCAGCAAAAAAAUUCCUCAAAAUUCUGAAAAUUUGCAAAACCUUCAGGAAGAAAAUUCCAAGAAUUCCUUAAAAGUUUCCCUUGAAAGUUGCCCCAAAUUUGGCAAGAAAAUGUUUUCAAAAAAUGAGUAAAAAAUCUUCCAAGAAAAACCCUAAAAAUAUCUAAAGUGAUUACAUAUAUAUCAGUAAAACUUCUAAUAUUUUCUUGAAGAACAAUCACAAAAGAAUCAACCAAAAUCCAACGAAAUUUGCUGGAUUUUGGUUGAUUUUUAUGUGAAUGUUCUUAAGAAAAAUUUUCAACAUUUUUUUUUUCCACCAAAAAUGUUUAAAGAUCUCCCAAAACUGUUGAAAAUGUGGACAUCAGAAGUUUCACUGUGAAAAUAUAUAUAUUUUUUCCACAUUUUCAUACUUUAAAACAGGUCAGUUUGACCUGCAUGACGACAUGAAGGUUAAACUGACUGUGAUUCAGUGUUGAAGAAACAGUGGUGAAUACUGUUUUAUAUUUACUAAAACUAUAGAACGUAACUAAUACUUUUAACUUUUCAAGCAUUUUUUUUGUCAGAUUACUAUUUCAUAUCAAGACUUUCAUGCACACGUCUAUAAACACUAAAAGUCCUCUAGCUUACAUGAUCUGCUACAGGUCAGUCUGAAGGACAACCUGAUGAAGAAGCUGAUAUGUAGAGUUUUUUGCUCAGAUGUUGAUGGAAUUUAACUUGCAAAUUAGCAGACAUCUUGCUUUCUGGGUUCUUGUUUGUCAGCUGCACUUUCUGAAACUUGUUUUGCAUCAGGAGCAGAAAAAUGUGACCUUUCUGCUGCCCAGACAGAGCAUGUCAGAGCUGUGCAUCCAUCCUCUCAGAGCUCAGCCUCGUCUGUCCUGCUGUCACUCACUGGAAGUCGACCGAGCUGACAAGAGCAUCAGCAAAAUGCAAAAAUGUCCUCUUUUAAAUUCCUCCCGGCGUGGCUGAGCGGAUUGGAAGACAGUCGGCGGUUGGAUUUCCACCGUGGAUCAAAGCUGCACCGAGUGGUAGAAGAUGUAAAAUAUUAAAGCCUGAAGAGGAGGACUGGGAGGCAGAAGAGUUAAAAAACAUCCUUCUUUCUGCUGCUGUGGAGAAAACAGAGGCGGGGCUCAUCCUGUAUGCCAUGCAUGUUACAUGUUUCAUUGGUUUCCUCUCAGCUCCUGAUUGUGCACUCAUCUGGCAGCUCACUUUACCUCUCAGUCCUGCAUCCAUCAUCACCAACAGAAGAGUUCUGCUGUAAGACAUCAUCCAAUCAUUUUAACAUCUUCUUUUAGUGUUUUUUAACUCAUAAAGGCCUCUCCACACUGUGUGAUUUUAACAAUCCUAGAAGUUCCCAGCUUGCUACGCUGUACGGCAUGAAUCUAAUAAUCUUUAGGCACGACGUGAAGUUUGCUCUGCACUGGAAAAAAUGUUCCUCUCAAAACAAGAAAAAAAAAUUAUUUCAAGGAACUUUUACCUUGAAAUAAGUGAAAAAAAUCUGCCAAUAGAACAAGUGAAAAAUGUCUUGGUAAGAUUUCUUGAAAUAAGAUGUGAUAUUUAGAAUACUAAGAUCUUAAAAUUAGUUGGGAAAACGUAUUUAAAGUUCUAUUUUACCAGGAUUAGCAAGCUUAGGUGUCUUAAAAUAAGCCAGACAUGCUUAAAAAAAAAGUAGCAGUUUUUUACUCAAAAAUAGAUUUUUGCUUCCAUGUCACCUCCUAAUUUGAAAUGUAUUGAACUUAUUUCAAGUUUUCUUGUAAAAUACAACUCAGAACAAGAUAAUUUCCAGAUUGUUUGACUUAACAAGAUAUUUAAGAUGCAUUGUCUUAAAACAAGUCCCUCCAUCUGCUGAAAUGUCAAAUGGUCUGAGCUGGAGGACACGACUAAAAGACUUCUGCUGCCACAACUCUAACAAACUAGUUUUGAUGCGUUUUGUCUCCGUAAAUCAUCUCUUUGGGUUUAUUGAUCAGUACGUCAUUUCAUCCUGCAUUUCUAUUGGUUACUUAGUUGUUGUAGGUCCAGCAGCAUCACACUGUGAGAUGAUCACCCCAGAUUUCUGACAGUCAGGAUUUUAUGACAGCUUGUCUUUGGUCUCCAUGACAACGGCUGUCCUUGUCUCUCAGUGCGACGUAGGACCACCGAUUUAGAGCUAAGACCAAAGAUAUCACCACCAUUCUCUCACUGUCGUUUGGUCUUAAUCGUACAGUGUGUAGAGGCCUUUAGUUGGAAGAAGGUUCAUCUUCAUCCUCUGUUUUGAUCUAAUAGUGGUUGCCUUUAUUUUUUGUUGAUGCCGUGGUUUGUGAGUUUUUCUUUUUAUUGGCUUCAGGCUGGUUAUUUUCUGACCAGCAAACACUCCGUUGUUCGGCUCCAUGCACUGGAAGAAUACCCACGGAUGCAUUAUUCAGUGUAAUAUGGAGAAUACGCCUCUUAUAGGCGCCCAUGAAUCAUCUGCAGCCGCAUCAUGAAUAAAAGUGUGGGCAGAGUUGGAGGCCAACAAUAAGAUGCAUUUAUUUUCCAAGGAGAUCUUUUAUUAUUUUCAAUUCUAGAAUAGUUUUUAACUUUAAAGAAAUGCAACCAGUCCUCUAGUAUCUGUUGCACGAUGGUGUAUUAUUAUGGUCUGGAACAUGGAAAGGACUAGAAUGAUGAGGAAUGUCUAAAAGUGGGAGUUUCUGGAAAGAUCUGCAACAAGUUCAAGGGUUAUGAAUAAUUUAGAACAUGAGAUUUUUAGUAGAUAAAAAAACAGAACCAGGAAAAAUGUAUUAUUAACCCUCUGGACCCCAAGUUUGGUGUUUUAUAUUCCUGUCAGGUUUUUGUUCACUGUGGGCUCAAUUUUCACUGCAAUAUAAAACCUGCACCUGGAUGGAAACAGAACAACCACAGCUAGAAGCUGAGAAAAUAUAUAGCAGUUAUAAUAUCCUAAAUCCUAAAAACAACUAAUGAAAGUUAUAUGUAUGGAUAUAAAAUGGAAUCAUACAAGUGUCCACAUGUACUACCAAUACUGUGAAAUAUUUUCUCUACUUUUACUGUUGAUGCUUUUAUUUUGUAUUCAUACCUGUGUACACAUCCUGCAGUUCAGCCGAGAAGUUCCUGAAUUUUUGUCACAUGACUGUUGGUUAUGGCCAAGUCAUGAAUCGCUCCAUGUUUGUGCUUUAUUUAUUCAUUUUAUUUUUUUAUUCUUUUUUACAGAUUUCACUUUGUUCAAAUGGUUUAUUUACGGCAAUAAAAUUAAUACGAGGUAUAAUGCUGCAGCUCUGAUGGAAUUUAAAGCUUGGAUUUGGUAAAAUUUUCACAGACAAGUCAUUCAAAGAGAACAGAAACUUGAAAAUCAUGACACAGCUUUUUAAAAACCAACACGGCUCAGUUCAAAUGUUUUUCUUGAAACAGAACUCCUCAUUUGUCUGGUGUGAUUUCAACGUCUGAUGGUUUAUUAUUGCUGAGAAAUUAACAUCUCAUCUGUUCAGGAUUUCAAUGAAUGCCUCUGGAGUAAAUAAAAUAAAAUAGUGUUCAGGUUCUAACAUCUGUCAUUUAAGGAAUGUAUAAAAUAAGACACGUCUUUCUGAUUCAUCUAAAUAAUCAGGCUUUUACAGUCUCGCCUUUUGGGGGGUUUCUUUUCCUCUCUUCCUUCUCAUUGACAUGCUCAGAAUUUUCACACAACUCACCCUAAAAGCUAAAACAGAGCUGCUUUAUGAUACCUUAAAAAUACUACAGUAAAUGUUAGAAUAUAGAAGUGUUAAACUUUCAUUAGCCCCUAAACAGGUCUAAAAUAAUGUUUAACCCUCCUGCUGUCCUCAUUUACAGGCAUCAAAAAAUAUUGUUUCCUUCUCUAAAAAAAAAAUCCAAAAAUGCAGCAAAAAAAAUCCCCACAUUUCUGAAAAUUUGCAAAACCUUCAGGAAGAAAAUUACAAUAAUUUCUUAAAAAUUUCCCUUAAAAAUUUUAUUUUAAAAAAAUCCCCCAAAUGUAGCAAGAAAAUUCUUGUAAAUAUUUUCAAAAAAUGAGUAAAAAUCUUCAAAAAAAUCAUAAAAAUAUCUAAAGUGAUUCCAUAUAUAUCAGUAAAACUUCUAAUAUUUUCUUUAAGAACAUUCAUAAAAAAAAUCAACCAAAAUCCAGUGACUUUCGCUGGAUUUUGGUUGAUUUUUAUGUGAAUGUUCUUAAGAAACAUUUUCAACAUUUCUUUUUUUUCACCAAAAAAAUGUUCAAAAAUUUCCCAAAAAUGUUGAAAAUGUAGACAUCAGAAGUUUGACUGUGUAAAUAUUUUUUUUCGACAUUUUCAAACUUUAAAACGGGUUAAUUUUGACCCGCAGGACGACAUGAGGGUUAAAAAUCAGAUUUAUAAUAAACAGGAUUUGAUGCACCAAGAAAUCAACAAACUGAACACACAGGGGUUUGUUCCUCGCUGUGUUUCCAUUUUCAAGUCAGUGGAAGUUUUGUGUUUUUGCAUUUUCUGGUCCUGAUAAAUGGUGUAAUCAUGGCAUUUUUUAAAAAAGAUAACCUUUCUUUCCAAUCUGCUGCAGGUUUUGUGGUUCACACGGUUAACAUUUCUAGUAUAAUUUACUACCAUCUUUUGUUUCUGUAAUUUCCAGGCAGAAGAAUCCGUCUAGUUAAAUAUAAAGUGACAGAAUCUAAAGUUGACUCUGAGCUGAACCCUCCCCUCCACCAGCAGCUCGUCUGCUUUCAUAUCAGAGUUCAUCAAUCUGUCCGUCAGAAAAGGUUUCAUGUUUGGCUCCACUCUGCUCACGUUUCUUUCAUUCAGUGGGUUACUUCAAAUCUACACGUGUCUUCAAGUCGUCUAUUAGUGAAUUUCUCAACAUUGUUUUUGCUGUGAAUUUGUGUAUAUUCAGCGUUUUCCUCUUUUGUUUCCGCCCACAGCUUGAACUUGUAAUGGAACAGCCUUGUGUCACGGUCUGAGCUGUUGUUUGCUUUCAGACGGUUUCAUCUGUCCUGAAGUCUGACAGUGUUUUGUCUUUCUACUUGCUGUAUAUAAAUGCAAAUGGUGACAAAGCAAACUGAAGGUCAGUCCUGCUUUUUGCAAACAGAGUCCUGAUUAAAGCAUCUGAAGGUUUGAGGAACAAAGACGUGAGCUUGGUUGUUCCUCGUCUUCAUCGUCCUGGCUUUGUCCUGCUGUGAGGUGAUUGCUUUGGAUUUUGAAGAACGCUGAAACCUCUUUAUGUAGCAUCUUUAUUCAUUCCUUCCUGAGUGUUGUUGCCAUUUUCUCAAAGUGCUUUCUUACAUUUCAUCAUUUUAUUAUCUCUUUUCCUGUGUGCACGUCUCACAGUUUUGGUUUUUGUUGUAACGCACUUUCCCUUUUCAUUUGCAGGUCAAGUGUCCUUGUGAAACGUGUAACUUUGGGUGUGUUUGAGUUGCAUAGAAUGUAAAAAUAACUUGCUGUAGAAGAAAAACAAAAGGUAGUUUUUGCUAAAAUAACAUCCAAAUGCUGCAUGGAUCAUUGCAGGUUAUCCAAAUGUACAUUUUGUUCAAAAAUAAGUAGUGAUUAUGUGUAAUUUUCUGUCAUUUUGCUGUCUGCAUAUUAGCUAAAAUUAGAUCUAUUGUGAAUGUUCUUAUUUUUACUGACGUGAAUUCUGUCCUCUGUCUUUGAUUCACUGUGGGGAUUAAAGAAAACCAUGAAACUGC